AUGGCGGAGGCGGCGGGCGCGGCUGUGGUGAUCGGCGCCACGGUGCCCACGGGCUUCGAGCUGACGGCGGCGGCCGAGGUGGAGGAGAAGCUGGGCGCGCGGGCCGGCAGGUCCCUUCCAACCUCAGCCGCUYUCAUCUCGUGUGGCUUUUCUGGGAGUUGUUUCAUAUGUGAGAUCUCUUUUUCYGCAGGUUCCGGGGAUGCCCCAUCUCCGAGUGCUGGCAGACACGAAACCUGUCAGCUGCAGGUCGAGAGCUGCGCUGUCCCUAGCACGGAGAGGAGAACGUCCGACUCUUGUCAAGAAAGGCCCGAAUUCCUCACCAACAAAGUUAACUUGUCAGACACUUCCCAGGCAGAAAGCACCAAGGGCAGCCAGGAAAGUGCCCCCGGGGAAUCGGUUAGGCCGGCUGCAGAGGGGAAAGAAGACCAAGCAACGGGAGGUAGGAUGAAGCUGAGGAAGAGGAGAAYGAAGGCUGUCGUCCCAGAGGAAGGGGGAUCUCUGUGUGAUGCGCUGCUGGUGAACAGUGAAGAAAAUGUGACGAGUGAAGYGUCCAGGAAAGAGGAGCUGGGGUCUCCAGUGUUCCGACGAAGCCGUUUCUCGAGCACCGGGGAAGGUGCCCGCAGAGCAUCCGGAGCAGCCGCUGCUCGGGGCGCGGGCAGUUCCUCGUGCGCCGCGGCGGGCAGCCCCGAGCCGCCGGGUGCCCCGUCCGUGUCCCGCAGCCACGGGCCACCGGGGCUGCCGCCAGGGAGCAGCGACUCCGUGUCGCCUGCCGCCAGCAACAGCACCAGGGAAGAACCUUCCCGCGUGGAAAAGCAAGUGCUCAACGAGAGGACGGGGGAAGGUCCCAGGGAAUUGUCCCUCAGGGACUGCAMGUCAGAGAAGGACGUGUUGCCUCCCGACAGAAAUAACACACUAAUUAGCGAGAGCGGAAGCUCUGAAGGAAAUCAGAAUGAGGCUAACGACUUCAAUUGCUUUCCUACAGAUCCUCUUACAGGCCGUGGUGAAACGCUGUUGGAGGCUCGAGAACUUGAAACCGAGUCAAGAUUUUCUCACCUAGAGAAGCUGAGGACUCCUGAAGCUGAAAACACAAUGAAUUCUUACACSGUGGUUGAGGGGCUUCUCUUCCCAGUUGAAUACUACGUCCGGACAACGCGCCGUGUGUCUAAUUGCCAGAGGAAAGUGGACCUAGAUGCAGUAAUUCUCAGCCAGCUGGGUAAGAGCAAGAAGGGUCUGCGAAAUAAGUGCAAGCAGAAAGAUGCAAAUUCGGAUCAGCCGUCCCAAGAAAUGAUGGAAAACGAUGACGAGUCAGGAGUCAGGCCGUUCCCUUCGCUUGGUGCCGACAGUAGCCCGGUGGAUUCGGGCAGCCCUCGACAGUCUCUGACUCCGUCUAACAGCAGCAGCACUUCGCUUGGCUCCUUCUCGCAGAGCAGCGUGGCCAGCACAAGGUGUGAGCAGAGACAGUCGCAGAGGAAGCAAAAGGGAAGGAGAAGGUCCAYGUGCAAACCCGCUGUGAACCAAGCGUCGCCGGAGCCUGCAGCGGGUGUGCAUCGCGCAGCGCCAAAAGAAGGCACCAGUGUCUUAGCAAACGACUGUCCGAGCGAAAAGGAAAACUCCGAGGGUGAUCUUGAAAAAUCGUCCUUGCGUGAGCUGAGCCCGCACUGUGCCGCAGCUGCCGGCUGCGUGGAGGCAGGAGCGCCUGGCACCGCAGAGCCCAUGGGUGCUGCUCCUCCUCGGGGAGGGCGAGUGCUCGGCAAGGGCCGCGAGGCUCCGUUAGAUCAGCUCCAAAGUGCACUUMGGAAGAGCGCUGCUUUGGAUCCAGCGCAAGACACCCGGGGGGGCGCCCGCGGGGCGGCGCGGCCCCCGGGGACGGGCGAGGGGCCCUCCCUGCGCCCCUCCGCGAGGCGCAGAGCCGCCCGGGCACCCACAGGCAAGAGCAGAAGAUGUGACCAGCGAAUGGACUCAGAGGAUCCAGCUGCUCCUGGUCUCCUGCCUGCAGACCCUGAUGCURCAGACUUUCUCUUCAGCUUCCGCAGCCUCCAGCAGCUGCCCUCCACGCUGGGUAUCAAAGACUUUCACCUACCUGAYGAGGAAUUUGGGCUGCUAAAACUUGAGAAAUUUAAGUCUUCCCCUGUGAAUGACUUGGAAGUUUUUGUUCCUAGUGUGUCCGGAGAUCAUGUGGCUUCAGAGGAAGCACGAGGUCUGCAAAUGAACACAGAAAAGAAGAGUCCUGAAAGCAACGUGAUCUCGCCUUUCAAAAACGUGUUGUGCAGGUUACCCCAUUUAGAAAGCCCAGCUUCCAAGAAGGGACUUUGCACGAGCGAGUUGCUCUUUACUCCCACGGAGACUCUCUUAGCCGGUGCUCCCACUCAGCCAGACUCCCAGAUUUCCGCAUCCCUUUUCCCUGUGUUGGGUGCGACCCCCGCCGUCUUGCCCAGUGACGUCCUUCCCGACACCCCUUCCGCGCGGCCCUUGCCAGCCAAAGCAGCAUGUGGCCAGGCUGUGGAUCGUGGGGAAUGUAGAGACUCUGUCCUUGCCCGGGGGUCGGGCAGCUGCGGGGAAGAGUCUGCUGGGAAGGAGGAGGAACCAUGUGCAGUGUUGCGUCUGGAAGCUGCGGGAGGUGCUGAGCGAAGGUCUGAUGGGAUGCUGCUCUUCAAGAAGCCGGAGCAGCCGGAGGGCGGAGGGCCGGGGAGCUGCGGAGCGCAGGGUGACCAGGAGGAAACUGCAGCAGAACAGUUGGCUGCGGUGCAGCUUGAUGGCCUGAGAGAAGAGACCUUGCAGCUUAUAUCAAAGUUAAAGGAUUCCUCGCGCUCUUGCGCGGUGGACGUGAGCACCAUGUGGUGGGAAGCCGCUGGCUGCAGAGAGCUGCGCGUUGUGACGGCCUGUGAGACCUCUGUGUCCCUGUGGAAGCUCCUGGCACCCGGGCACUGGGGAAAGGUCUGUGCUUGGCAGCCUGGAGAGAUUCCUGUAAUACAGAUUAUUCCUCUGCCAGACACCUGUAAUCUCGUGUGUGUAGCACUGGGAGAUUUGGAGAUUGGAGAAAUAAGGCUCUUGCAUUAUUGUUCUGAGAGUGACUCAUUCAAGCAGUCACUGGUGAAAACUGGAAAUAUAAAAGCUGUCCUUGGGCUAAGGGGCAGGAGGCUGGUGAGCAGCAGCAGGGCAGCGCAGGAGCAGCAGGUGGAGAUAACGACCUUCUCGGAGGCAGGRAGGAGCAAGGAGGGACAGACUCUGAUGCCUCCUGAAGAAACUGUUCUAGCUUUUGCUGAAGUAGAAGGAAUGAGAGAUGCUUUGGUUGGCACCACCGCAGUGAACAGCAUUGUUAUCUGGAAUUUGAAAACGGGCCAGCUCUUGAAAAAGAUGCACGUUGGUUAUUCCUACCCAGCUUCAAUCUGCCACCGGGCGUAUUCCGACUCCGGCCUCCUCUUUGUUGUCCUGAGUCACCCGCACGCCAAGGAGAGCGAGCAGUGCGGGAACCCCGCGUUCCGCGUCGUGGCCUUCAACCCCCGGACGGCCAGGAGCACCGGCGUCGUUUUCUCCUCGCUGCCGCCCGGACACACCGGCAGGUACGUGGAGGGCGAGGUGGCGGCGGCGGCGGCGGCGGCCGUGCUCUCGUCCGGCAGCAUCGCGGACCUGCCGCCGCUGACCUUGGAGGGCAUCAAGGAGCGCGUGCUCUACGUGCUCAAGCUCUACGACAAGAUCGACCCCGAGAAGCUCACCGCCGAGUCCCACUUCAUGAAGGACCUGGGUCUGGACAGCCUGGACCAGGUGGAGAUCAUCAUGGCCAUGGAGGACGAGUUCGGAUUCGAGAUUCCUGACGGAGACGCAGAGAAGCUAAUGUGUCCACAGGAGAUAGUAGACUACAUUGCAGAUAAAAAGGAUGUUUAUGAAUAAAAACAGUUCUUCAAAGCUGAGAGCUGUCGGCACCGCGGCGCCCGGGCUGCUGGCGGCGGAUGCCAGCGCACGCRUUUGUGCUGCUGCUGCUUUCGCUGGAAAGCUGGACUGGAACGUUGUGUUGGAGGGUGUAUUUAAAGCUGUGUGA